AUGAAGUUAUUUAAACCAAUCGCACUAUCAUUUGUUCUCACAGAUUGUAUUGUUGCUACAGAGACCCCAAAGGAUAUCUUUUAUGAAACAGUUGAGAUAUUUCACAACGCUACUAAAAUUAAUCACUAUCAAUUUAUGGACCAUUUACAAACUCUAAACUAUACCAAACAAUGUGACAAACUAUGUAAGGAAAACAUCGAAAACAUCGUUGUAGCUAACUACCGUGUCUCUGGACUUAUCGCUGAGCAAAGUAAAACACAUCAAUUGAAUUCAAUUAUAUUAAAGAAGUUUGUCAUGACUUACAUCAAACAUCAUUUACAUAAUGACGUUGAUAUUAACAUAAGAUUAAAUAAAACUUUGUUUGCUCUUCAGGCUCAGGAGGACACUAUAAAACUGGUGACCAAAAGUAAAUUAAUAGAUUUGCUCAAAUUUGUCAAACAAUCACUAGUUGAAUUUAAGAUUGUAGAAGACGAGAAAUUCAAUUCAAUGGGUCCAGCUGAAGAUGAAAAAUAUUUGAUGGAUUCAAUUAUCACUUUUGUUAAAGGUACUUUCUUCUUUAUGCUAUGCUAUUCCAUCAGUUCAAUGGUUUGCAUGGGGUUCGUUGGCGCAUUAUUAUUGAUACAAGUGGUGAUCUGGAUCUUAACAUUAAUUAGAUACAUCUUAACGGGAGCCUGA